AUGUCUCUGAUGAUGGGCUCGAGUGAGAACCCGAAACGUCAGGCCAAUAAACUUCUUGUCCCAGUGAUCGCAUCUUCAUCUUCUGAACUGCUACCUGGGACUCGCCUGUUCGCUUCUAUCAGCAAUCUUUUCGGGCGCGAAGCGCUCCGAUCGGCUCGACGGUGGGAAACCUUUGCCCUUCGAGAGUCGUCAACAUAUGCGCAGAUUCGAUUUCUGCACAGGUGUCUCGACAACAAUGUGCUGCCGAAGUGCGUUUCAUACAAACCUCCGGUCAACACAGAGCUGGCGAGACGCGCAGUACUUCAGCACGGCCGACGAAUGAUCCGAGUGCUCCUUCAAGACUGUCACUCACGGAUUCGCAAAUACCGUCAGAGGAUUGACCAAGAGAAGACAAGGUGCUGCGAGUUCAUGGGCGAGGACGGCAUAAAACUGCUUCAGCAGAGGCUGGCAGAACGAACCCGCGAACAUAAAGCAACGCGAGAAGCAGCCCUAGAGAGCAAAUUUCGUAAGCUGCCUGCUCCAAUGUCAUCCAAGAACGACAAACUGGUGCACAACUUGUCGUCAAGGGAGCUGACGGAGGAACAAAUGCAGGUUUUACGGCAUGAGGCCUCAUUCAACACAGCCGAUGCCAAACCUGCCAACAUGAUCGCAACAGUGGAAUCAAUCCUCAGCCAGACGGGAGCGACAGACGAAACGAAGAACCUCAUUCGACACCAAGUGUCCUCCCUCCUCAUGGCUCAUAGGCCGCGCGAUGUGCUUUCCAAGGUCGAGCGUGAUGCACUUAAAGAACUCAGGGCCGACAACGACCUCGUUAUCGUGCCUGCGGACAAGGGGCGUUCAACGGUCGUAUUGGACAGGACAGACUACAAUCAAAAAGCCAAAAGCUUGUUGGAUGAUCGUCAGUCCUAUGUGCCAUGCGAAUCCAACCCCAUGAAAACGCUGACACGCGAGAUUAACGCGACGCUGUUGGCAAUGGAGAACUCAGGUGCAAUAUCGCCAAUCGACCGACGCAUGGCGAGAGCACAAGAAACGGCCCUAGCCCGAUUCUAA